CUCAGCAGAGUAGCAACAGCGGGAGAAGAGUUGCGCGUGCGCAGACGUGGCUGCCGUCCUAUGAAGCAGACCGAGCUCACACACAAAGUAUCGCUCCUGUUCCCGUCGAUCAAACACCAACAACACAGCGUCGCUGUCGCUUCUAUCGACCCGCCGGAGCUGAAGCAGCCAUGAGUUCAGCUGAGUCUCUGAGAGAGUUCAUACAGGAGAGGCUGACUGCUGUUUGUCAACAAAUCUUCUGCGAGGUUCAGAAAACCAUCGUCCAGUAUGAGGAGGAGAUCGAGCGUCAGCGCAGACUGCUGGAUAUCAGCCGGAGACCCGAGACACACUCACACGGCUCAGAAUUCCAACAGCUUCAUGUUUGUGGGAAAGAGGAGCCUCUAACAGAACAGCAGGUCUUUAACCAGGAGAUGAUCUCCAGUGUGGACCAGGAGGACCCGGAGCCUCCACAGAUGAAAGAGAGACAGGAGGAGGAACCCUGCAGCAGUCAGGAUGGAGAGCAGCUGGGAGUGAAGCAGGAGGCUGACGGCGUCAGAACGGAUGAUGAGUGGCUCAAACUGCUGGCGACCAUCUGGAAACCCGAGCUAAAGCUGCACAGAAUAGACCUUCAGCAACUAAAUGUCUGUGAGGAAGAGGUGGAGGAGGAGGAGCCACUCACAAACCAGGAAAACUAUAACGAAGAGAGGCGCUCCAGUGUGGACCAGGAGGACCAGGAGGACCCAGACCCUCCACAGUUUAAUGAGGAACAGGUCGAUCUCUGCAGCAGUCAGAAGGGAGAGCAGCUGGGAGUGAAGCUGGAGACUGAUACCCUGACGGUGACUCCUGCUUAUGAGGAAAGUGACCACAGUGAAGCAGAACCAAACAGUGAGCAAAUCUGUCACAGCUCUGCUGAAGCAGAGAGCCGAGAUCAGGAAGAAAGUCAGCAUGUGGACUCAGGGUCACCUGAAAAUGCAGAGGUGAAGAAGAUCAUACGUCGCAAAAAGAAAAGUGACAGUAAUAAAGUCGAAGAUCCUGCUCUGUCAGAGAGUCAGGGUCAAAGUGGGGCAAUAAAAAAGACUGAACAAUGUGACAUCUGUGGGAAAAGUUUUCAGUUUAAAUCACGCCUGAUUGCACACGUGAGAUGUCACACAGGUGAGAAACCAUUUUCAUGUAGCACCUGUGGAAAAGCAUUUGUGUUUAAAUCCAAACUGAAUAUACAUAUGAGACGUCACACAGGUGAGAAACCAUAUUCUUGUAGCACCUGUGGUAAAACCUUUAACUGUACAACCUACCUGAAAAAACAUGUCAGAGUUCACACAGGUGAGAAACCUUAUCCUUGUAGCACCUGUGGGAAACAAUUUAGUCAAUGGAUACACAUGAAUCGCCACAUGAGGCGUCACACAGGUGAGAAGCCAUAUAGCUGCAGCACUUGUGGUAAAAGAUUCCCUUACAAAUCAGGAUUGAAAGUUCACAUGAAUACACACAGGUGACACGGUUAUGUGAAAGCUGUAGAAUCUGUGGGAAAAGAUUUUGUUAAUGAGACACGUCAUAAUUUAUGUUGCUUAAAAAUGUUAUAUUUAGAAAAUGUGGGCCAGAGUCAAAGCAGUGUGUUGGUGGUAGAGCUCACACUGACCAGGAGUCAAAUCAUUGCGACACCCGAGUGAAAAGAUGACCAAUAUUCAAAUUAGCAUUUUCUGUCCAGAGUAGUAAAAACUCUCAGCAUUCUUUAUAAAGUUCAUUACUUUAUUCUUAUAAUUGUAUUAGACAAAUCCUGAUGUUACAUUUAAUGAUGGUUAAAAUUCAGUGUGCUCCGUUUCUUCGAGAUCAUUGUUCUGAUCUGUUCUGAGCAUUGUUCUUUGAGAUCAUAGUACUGUUGUUUAUUAUUGCAUGUUAAAUUUGAAAGAGCGAUUUCAUUCAUUACAUUUUUGUGAAGUGUAAUCAGUAACAUAUGAAAGCAGCAUAAGAGAGAGCUCUCUCUUUUUUCAGUUUUUCUUUGUACAUUUCUAUAAGAAAACAAAAACAUUAUUACAUUUAGAGAACGUGUACCAGAAAAGUCAUUCAAUUUGUGUUUGGUUGUUUAUUUGUGUGUUGUAACAAUGGUUUUUGACAAUAAAUCCUAUACCAUUGCAAA